CUUAUCAUCCAAUACCGGAAAUUGUGUGGUCCUUUUCCCCGCAGACUCCAACAUGGUGAGCCGUUUUCCCUCACGAUUCUGCUCUGAAAUAAUCACUAAACAUCACUUUCUGCUCUCGUUAUAUCCCGCACUUACACGUCCUAGCCUGUAACUCCACUUCUUAAUAAAUGGUAGAUGUUUAUAUUGUAACCAAAAGUAGCGAUUGUAGGUUUUAAUCGAUGAUUUGAAACGUGAUGACCCCGGUUUGGUCUCUGUUACACCGCUGUUAGCAUGAGUGUGGCUAUCGGUGUUAGCUUUCUAUUUUAAGCGACGGCAGCCUUUCUGUGUGAUACCUUUGCCUUAAUCUAAAGUACACAUUUGUAAAAUCCUCAGUGUGAUAUAUAUUCACAAACUCAAAGCAUAGUAGAACUGUUAACAUUUAUUUGACUUUUAUCCGGUUAGGCCGCAGCCGGUAGCGUCAAGCUCCACGUUCGCGCUCUAUGAUAACCAGAUAACUUCAGUUUUCCCUCUUUUUUCCUCAUAUUUCUCAUCGUUUUUAAAUCUGAAUAUGUUACUGGAAAACGAUUUGUUUUCAGCGGUUGUCACCGGUUCUUUAUCCCGUCAUUUAUCCGGUAUUUUCCUCCUUUUUCUUCCAGGCAAGAGGACCGAAGAAGCACCUGAAGCGCGUUGCAGCGCCAAAGCACUGGAUGCUUGACAAGCUCACUGGAGUGUUUGUAAGUACAACAGUCCUCAAUAACUUAAACUUUGAUUAAAUAUGUGGAAUUAACAGGGUUUUAAGCCUUGAACUGUCCUGUGCAGAGAAAUGAGGGUAAAUUAGUCUCUGUAGGUUGCAGUGAGGCUGUUCACUGAGGUACAUGCAUGUUGGUGCCGGUAUGAUAAUAUAUCAACCUUAUCAAAGUCUUUGAUAUUUAAGUUUCUGAUUCAAACUUAGUCUACAAUCACUUUUAUGCAGCUGUAGAAAGAGAUAAUCAUGUUUGUUGAAUUUGUCAUCAAACUUCUUGGUGAAAUUUUGUGCCAAUAUCACUCUAAAUGCAAGUUGGAAUCACCAAAUGUAGUUUUAUAACAUUUUGACUUAAAGGGAUAUUAAGGUGUAAAAUUAACUUAUGGUUAACCACACCAUAGCACUGAGUUAGACACCCCCUUGAGAGAUGAAUGUUGCCGACCGCUUGCUUCUCUAGUUAUACCAACUUUAGUAACGACCGCAGGAUAGCAAUACACAGCGGUCUGAGGAGCCAUAAACAAACCUCAACCAAAACGCCACAAGUAAGAACAUUUAUGAUAAUUUCUUCAUGGAAAUGCAAUCUGACCGAGACGCAUCAAACAUCUUUUUAACUUUGCAUAAUUUCAUUCAGAAAGAGGCUAAACACAACUGUUCCAGCAGCUGCUUGUUUGUAGCGAGACCUGGGGCCAGUCCAUUAUGGACUACAGUAGAGUUUCGCAGCUCAAGGAAGAACCUUUGUGAUCAUUUCUUCAUUAUUUCCAUGAAGUAAUAAUCACCACAAUAACCAUUUUGCACUGCAGACGCGGUAGUUCUUCUGACUUAGCGUCUCGGUCUGAUUGCAUUUCCAUAAAGAAAGGAUCAAAUGUUCUUCCUUGAGCUGCGUCACCCCGCUGCAGUCCGUAAUGGGCUGGCCUGAGGUCUCACUACAAACAAGACAUGUCCUUCCAUGUUGUGCUGAGACAGAGCUGCAGCGGCUGACAACCGGUGGAGAGCAUCAAAUACAUUUGACUCCUUAUAACAUACAUCCAGGAAACCAGCUGUUUUUGACAGUUUAGUAGAGUUUAAGCAUAUUGCUGGUGUUUCCAACUUUGCAUGUUAUCACUGCUCGACAAAAGUUGCACUGUUGUCGUCUUUAUUAGUAAAAUUAAGCCAUGCUUUAGCUUGUUUCUGCCGCCUGUUCGUAUCUUUCAUGUUUUUUUGUCUGAUGUCGAUGGAUUGAACCCUUGGAAACCGGUUCUCGAUUCCCAUUCCUACUGUUUAGGUGACUCUUCCGUAACGAAGUGAGAUUCAGGGUGCAGAUGUUAGAUUAGGGAUCUGGUCUCUUUUAUACUAUGUGCUUUAAGGAUGUGAAUGAGGGCUGUUGACUGAAAAGAGUUUUUAAUGAAAGUGUACAGUGGAAUUUAAUGUUCCCUGUCCAUCUUCAAUCACCGCUGUAUAAGCCACAGUCAAAGUCAAGUGUCAAACUCAUGAAUCGAUUAUUUCGUCUUCAGGCUCCUCGUCCCUCCACCGGUCCCCACAAGCUGAGGGAGUGCCUGCCCCUCAUCAUCUUCCUGAGGAACCGCCUCAAGUACGCCCUGACCGGGGACGAGGUGAAGAAGAUCUGCAUGCAGAGGUUUAUCAAGAUCGACGGCAAAGUCCGCACCGAUGUCACCUACCCUGCUGGAUUCAUGGGUGAGUUUAGGACUAUUCCUUAUAGCAGGAGACACAGGUGGUCUCUGGACGGUUAGAUGUUUAAAACUCAGGGGUCAUGUUGUGAAAUAUUGUGGAUUUUAGAGGUCAACUUUGUCAAGAGUGUUUCUGCCAGUUUGUCAGAGGUAGAAGGAGCAAUGAUGAAUUUGUGGUUUUGAUCAGUGAUGAGCUGAAACUACAAACCUAGUCCUCUAAGAAGUUCUGAGCUCCACGUGCAACACCUGAUAGUUUUUGUCCUUUCAUGAAGCUCGAGUUCAGAACUUGAUUAUUAGUCCUCUAGUCGGAGAGCGAACUAACAUCCAUCAGAUUUUAAGAGGAACUUCAGUUUGGUAUUUCUUUGGACACGUGAGACUGAAGUUGUCACACUGAGUGAAUCUGCAGUAUUGGACUUUGUUGUUCUGUCACAGUACAUGUGCAGGAAACAGCAGAUCUUAGUCACCAAAGCUGUCAUCGCUUGUUCCCAAAACAUUCAAAUACUGACUUGUCUGAGAAGUGAGUCUUGUGCAGAAAGUCUCACUUUAUCAUCUGAAUUCUACAUUUUUGUUGUUUUCAACUCAAAAUUAGUGAUAUAACUGUUUGAGAGAGGGAAUCAGGGUUGUGGUCCUUUUGUAGUUUUUGUCGGUGCCCACACUCGGUCUCAGUCGUCAGGGUCAGUUCCACCUUGAGCUGGUCAGCAGCUUCACACGGAGGCGAGGUGUUUUAAUUUUCAAACCAGAGGGACGCCAUCGCACUAAGAUGACCGCGGCAGAUCUUUCACACCUUCAGCUUCGGCAGUCGUUCACUUUCAGCUGAUGGAAACUUUAUGAAACGGUGUGAACGGUUUAAUAGUGAUGGAUGAAUUUGAAGAGUCUGAUCGCUGGUGUUGAUUUGUGCUGAAACCUCAUCGAGGCGAAGUAACAUGAAACUUUCCCUCUGAAUGACUGUGAAUGUGGGUGGUGGAGGCGGCCACACAGUAGUAGUAAUACAUGACUUUAUUCAUGCAGUAGCACUUCCACAACCUAAGCACAUGUAAGCUCUUAAUUGACGUUACGUUAGAAACGACAGACGGUCAGCUCAGGUCUGAUUUGAACCUCCAGUGUGAGAAGACUACCAUCUGAGACUUUUCAGCUGCUCAGACCGACACACUGUUACAGUGAUGGUGCAGGCAAAGCAAAUGUCUGCAUGUUUGUCAGGGUUUCUGCUGGGUAUUAAAGAGUCUAAAAAUGUCUAAAAUCCAAUAAUUUGAAUUUAAAGCCUUAAAAUUCUCUAAACCUCAUAAACUGUCUUUAAUACAAAUUUGAAAGCUCUAAAAAUGUAUAGAUGUUGCUUAAAAAUAAAGAUCAAUUUGACGUUAGUUCAAAAUGUUCUGAUUUCCCUUCAUGUCUUUUGCAAUUUUUGCCAGUAUGGAUGUAAAAUUCACCUUAAAUUGUUUUCCUUAUGGUUGUAAAAAGUCUUAAAUUUGACUUGUUGAAACCUGCAGAAACCCUGCUUGUGCUAGCGUAUUGCAUCACAGUAACAAAAGAGUAAAUUUUGUCACAAACAAGUGUUUGAUUAAACUUCUGCUGGGUGUUUUCGUCAGCUGGUUGUUUCUAGAAAGGUGUUUGGUGUGUGAGUCCCCUGUUCUGCCUGAGUCGAGGGACUGUUUUGAAUUUAGUUACCGUAUUUCUCGCACUAUAUGGCGCACCAUCAAUAAACGCAUCUAUUUGCAUCUAUUUUUGUGUAAUUUCAUACAUACAAGGCGCACCGGAUUAUGAAGCGCAUUGAGCCAAACAAAACCGUCAAUAACUCCAUGAGGCUACGGUAGCUGCAGUGCUCAGACAAGCCAAAAGGAUUUUAAGUGCACCUUAUAGUGCAAAAAAUUCAGUAGUUUCAUAAAUUUGAUUUUAGAUAGUUUACAAGGUUAUCUUCAGAGUGAGACGGUGCAUCUAAAUCUGUGUUUGACAUGAGAGCAGGGUUCCUACACAAGUAUGGAAAGGUAUUGAAGUAAUUUGAUCAGUUUCUGGGUCUUGAAAAGUGGGAAAUGAAGAAAAAAAAUAUGGAAAAUAUAUAAAGGUAACCAGACUAUUACCACAGUAAAAAAAAAAAUCAAAGAUAGGAAAGAAGGUGUUUUCAAAUAAUAAUUCCAAAAAGUAUGAAAAUUCCAACUGUCGGAACCCUUUCAGAGGGGCACCGAAGGGUCUCUGUCUGUCUGAUUAUGUUGAAUAUUUGUCAAACACGAGGUAUUAAAGUGUGCGGAGUGUGUCAACAUGUUAAUUAGCUGCAGAUGGUUGAUUUUUAUAUGAUUUAUGGAAGAAGGAAGUCUUAAGUGGGUCAUCUCGAUAUAUUUACUGACCCUUUUUACUGUAAUCUGUGUUGGAAAUGUGCAGCUGAACUCAUGGUGCUCCUAAUGAAAUCUGAGUCCCUGUAACUUCAGCUGGUAAAAUUAACUUUGAAGUUGUUAUUUGCAUUUCAUGAUCAAAUUAAACGAGGUAGUCUAUUUAAUUCUCUGAGCAAACAUGUCCUGAUAUUAAGAUUCGUGCUUCUUCUUCUUCCUCCAGACGUGAUCAGCAUCGAGAAGACCGGCGAGCACUUCCGUCUGAUCUACGAUGUGAAGGGACGUUUCACCGUCCACCGCAUCACCGCCGAGGAGGCCAAGGUGAGGAACACGCCUGAUCUUAGCCAGAUGUUUUCAUCAGGAGAGGUCUGUUUGCAGGAUUUGAUUGACCAUCUCUCCCUCUGCAGUACAAGCUGUGCAAGGUGAAGAAGAUCAUCAUCGGCACCAAGGGAAUCCCCCACCUGGUGACCCACGACGCUCGCACCAUCCGCUACCCCGACCCCCUCAUCAAGGUCAACGACACAGUGCGCAUCGACCUGGACACCGGCAAGAUCACAGACUUCAUCAAGUUUGAUACCGGUGCGUUCCUCUGAUCCUCGUCUUCUGCUCGCCUCAUCAUCAUAGAUCCGAUCAUUUUUAACGAAGAGUUAACCCUUUAAGUCGAGUUUUAACCCUUUCCUCUCCCCACAGGUAACCUCUGCAUGGUCACCGGCGGUGCUAACUUGGGGCGUAUCGGUGUGAUCACCAACAGGGAGCGUCACCCCGGCUCCUUCGACGUCGUUCACGUUAAGGACAGCACCGGAAACAGCUUCGCUACCAGGCUCUCCAACAUCUUCGUCAUUGGCAAGGUGAAGAAAGAACCCGUCCCUGAAAACACUCGUCUGUGGAUUUAUGUCAAACUAGUCAACUCUCUCAGAGGGUUUGUUGAGUUUUGGAGCGAUGAUGAUGCUUUUGGUUUUGAUCAGCGAUGAAAAUACACGACCAAGUCCUCUAAGAAGUUCUGAGCUCCUCCAAAGAAGGUUGUAGUCAAAUGUUGAGGUACAAAUCCGGCCUGAGCACUCUGGUUGAACUGAACAAACGAGCCGCAAACCAACAGGAUCAGACUCAGGAAUCAGUCUUGAAGUUGCAUGACUAACUCCAUAUUUUUGUAGGUGUAACAAUGAAAGUAAAAUUACUGAAUCUGCUUUAAUAUGAUAAAGAAAAAGCGACAUCUGUACGUUUCUAAAGGCUAAAAUCACGUUACGAUUCAACACUCUGACUCUGUUUGCCACCUGCACUUUGUACUCCCCUUUGAUCCUCGUUAACAAACGACUGUUGUCUCCAUCCUCUCGUCUCCAGGGCAACAAGCCGUGGGUGUCCCUGCCCAGAGGAAAGGGAAUCCGUCUGACCAUCGCCGAGGAGAGAGACAAGAGGCUGGCCGCCAAGCAGGGCAGCAGCUAAACAGAGAUCAGCCUGACCCCCGGUUUUCAAAUAAACUGUUAUUUACAAAACAAAGCGCUGGUUUCACGUGUUUUUACUCGACUAUCUCAAUCUCUCCAUCUUUGAACUGCAAUCAUCCUCUUUUUAUUCUUCUAUCUAAUCCCUCCAACCUCUCUUUUCCAUCACAUCCUGCACGCAUCCAUCUGUCUACACUCCUAAUCCCUUUACUAUCUGCUUUUUUACCUCCACUGUUUCCAUAUUCCCUCCUUUCUCCCUCCUUCCCAGCUUGAAUUUCUCUGACUAUGGUUAAUUUUUUUCCCACCAUCUUCAGGAGAUAUUCUGGCAUAAAUCUAAGUUAGGGUCAAAGACACCGCAAC